AUGCAUAUCCGUUUUGGCGGUGAUGCCGAGGCCGAGGGGCCAAAAAAUGCGACUCGCGAAAAUAAAAGACACGAAAAACGCGGAGCAUGGAAAUCCGAAGGCUAUUCACCCAGAAAAAAAAAAAUAAAAUAUGAGGACAACGAGGAUGAGUCAAAGAUUGAGAUCAAUGGCGAUGUGAAAACUAAAGAGCAAGACCUGCAUGAUAUAUGUAAAAAUAUCGGACCAGUGACAGAAAUUGUUCUACCGAAAUGCAAGGAUUCACGCUUUCCGGAUUCGUGCGCUGGUUUUGCUUUCAUACAGUUCAAAAAACGCCCAGACGCUAUAAAAGCUCUUGAAACUUUAAAUAUGUCCGAGGUUAAAGGCAGAAAAAUUGCUGUUGAUUGGGCUUUACCAAAGGAUACCUACGAAACAGCAAAACAUGAAGGUAGCGAGCAUUCGAAAGGAACUGCUUUUGUGCAUUUCGGUUCAGCUGAAGAAGCGGACGAAUGUCUUUUGGGAAUUAGAAAGUAUCCUUUUAUCACCUUGGAUGGUCGACAUAUUUUCGGUGACCGGGCGCUACCACGAUGCGCAAUUGCGAAACUCGAAAAGGAAAAACAUGAAACGCAGCGGCAAGAUAGAAGAAAUCUGUUUUUACUCCGUGCUAGCUAUGUACGACCAGAUGAUGGACCAGACAAGAUGAGUGUACAGGAUGAGCGGAAACGUGAAGGAUUCAGAGCUAUUGCAAUGCAAAAAAUGAAAAAUCCUCAUAUGUAA